AUGUUAGACAUACCCGAUUACCGUGAAAAGCCCUUUCUACGCUUGGUUUACGCAUGGCCCGCCUUCGUAGGCAUCAUCCUCUUCACUCUGUUCACCUUCGUUGGGAUGGCGCGCUGCGUUCUUCGAAGUGUCGACGGCGGUUCUCCCCCACGUAUCGGUCUGAAUACCACUACCUCUGUCAGGCAAGAUAUUUUUAACGUUAUAGCAGCCCCACUCAUCUUUCAGGGUCUGUGUGUGAGCGUCUACACCACAUGGAUGAGUUGGAAGUUCUUCCGCCACAAUUAA